AUGGCAAAUCCUCAACGUAUUUAUGAAUCAAGCUAUGGACCAAAUUGGGUACCAACCAAUGUUUCUGUUGCACAAUUUCUUGCCAAAUACAAUCCAGAUGAGGUGCCUGGGAACAAAAUCAUAAUAAGUGACUUUGACGACGCUGCUCGAACAAUAACCUUCGAGGGAGUGAGAACGAAGCCUGGUCUAGGCGCAACAGGCCUUGCAAAUAUCCUCGGCUUGAAAGAAGGCGAUGUCGUGUGCAUGAUUGGCCUAAAUUCGGUCAACUGGAUCUUGCUUGCGCAUUCAAUAAUGUGGGCUGGCGCAGUAUUUGCUGGCAUCAAUGCUGUUGCGACAAGCCACGAGCUGGUUCACUAUUUUGAAAUUUCGGAACCAAAAGCAAUCGCAGUUGAUGCCAGCCUCUAUGGGAAAGUCCAAGAUGCGUUGAAAAUGAGUACUAAACUCCAGGAGAAACCAAAGGUUUUGAUCAUAGAAGAUGGCACUUCUACCAGGUCCUAUGGUCACCCUGUGUUCCCACGCGAUAUCAUGGCAUUUUCGUCUGGUCGGCCGCCAUUUGAUCUUACAUUUCGAGACAACAGGAAUGUACCUGCCGCCAUGUGUUUCUCUUCAGGUACAUCUGGGAAACCAAAGGGAGUCCUUCUCAGUCACCACAAUUUAAUCGCUUACGCAACAACACUCCGCAUCACGUCCCCAUCGCUAAGCAACUGGCAACAAAUCGAGAUAUUCUUCCCUCCAUUUCCGCAUAUCUAUGGCAUAGCGAUUGCGCUUAUGGGUCCUGCUUACACUGGACAGCACGUGAUCGCAAUGAAGAAGUUUGAAUUCACGUCGUACUUGAAGAAAUGUGCAGAGGUCCGAGCUACCAUUGCAAGACUAGUUCCCGCUACUGCGAUACAAUUACUCAAAGAUCCAGCGGCAAGGAAGAUGGAUCUCACCUCCAUACAUUCAGUAUUUGUGGCGGGCGCCUCUCUUCCCGACGAAGUGGCCCAAGGACUGGCCAAGCAGCUUAACGGCGUCGUAGUCUUGAAUGGGUAUGGAAUGAGUGAGGGUACAAUAUCUUCGCUCAAAGAGUGUAGAUCAGCUGAAAAACCUGGAAGUGUGGGCAAGCCGCAAGCUGGGCACCAGGUUCGUAUCGUUGAUGAUGACUACAACGACGUCAUGCCGGGUGAGCAAGGAGAGUGCCUUGUCAAAGGUCCCACAAUCUUUAUGGGUUAUAUCAAUAACGAAGAAGCAACAAGAGAAGCUUUCCGAGAUGGCUGGCUGUGCACAGGAGACAUGCUCAAGGUCGAUUCAGAUGGUUUCUUCUGGCUUACGGGUCGUAAGAAAGAGCUUAUCAAGUACAAGGGUAACCAAGUUCCUCCAGCAGAACUAGAGUCCGUCUUGCUUUCUCAUGAAGAUGUCAAUGAAGCCGGAGUGUGUGGCAUAUGGGACGAGCGUCUGGAAACGGAAGUACCCGUAGGCUACGUAAAUUUCACGAGAGACGUACCGGAGAAAGAUCGGGGGCAACUUUUACAAGACAUCAAAAAUUACGUGGAAGAGCGAGUAUCUCCUCACAAGAAAUUACGAGGAGGUCUUUUUCAUCUCGAAUCUCUUCCAAAGAAUGCUACAGGGAAAUUGAUGAGACGGGAUCUGCCAGCUGCUAGAAAGCAACAAAAACCAUCGAAGCUGUAG